AUUCGUCAGGAAUGUUUGACAGACAACUUAUCUGACAAAUCACCAAAGAACAAAAUGUUGCGACAUAGGUUUUCUCUAAAUACAUGACGGGAAGUGGGCGGUCCUAGCCCAGAACCAGCGCAGUGGCACGGACGUGACACAAAUGCCAGAUGAAAUUCUUGUUUUAGCGAUUGUUAGCUAGGUUUUAGCAAUACAUAGCUAAAUAUGGUAUUAAUCUAACAGAGAUUACACAGGGACCAGCACUGAAGCCAGUUAGUUAGUCGUCGUCAUGGUGUCUGCCAGAGUGCUUCAGCUGUUGGCGUUAGCUUUCCUUGGCUCUGCUCUACCAGCCAGAGUUGAAGAUGACUACUAUUUGAUGGUAGUCCCGCAGUCUCCAGUGCUAGAGAUGGGGACUAACUUCACGGCUACAUGCGUGAUCAUCAACACGUCGGAAGUUACAGCAGAUGACCUUUACUGGACUCUCUCCGGGACAACUAUACCCAAAGAACAGUACACCAAGAUCAACGGAUCAGCUCUCAACGUCACUGUCCCCAUCACCAGUGAAAAGACUGAAUGGUUAUUUUGCAGAUGCCAAAAGAAAAACACCCUCUUUUAUAUCCGAAACGAAGGCAAAUUAAUUCACGGGAUCGACCUUAAAAAAGGCUAUGUUCCGGGGAAGCCUGAGAAUCUGUCCUGUAUGGCAGUUCAGCAGGGACUGUACAUCUCUCCAACUUUCAACUGUUCGUGGCAACCAGUAGGACAACAGACUGAUACAGUCCCUACAUUAUACACUCUGUAUACUGCAGUCCUCCCAUCGAGCGGGCAGCCCUCUCAUGAGACAAAAGACAACAGUAUCCAAGUGAAGUUAGGGGACAUUUUCCCCCAUCAUAUGACACUGGAGGUCUGGGUGGAGGCACACAAUAAACUGGGAAAAAUAGAAUCUGAGCAUCUGAAAGAAGAUUCCGGAUGGUUUGUGAAAACAGACCCUCCAUCGGACGUCAAAGUCUUUUCAGAGAGGAGUUUUCCCACUUCCCUUCUGAUAAACUGGACUCAUCGUAUUAUCAAAGAACGUGUGAAAUUAACCUAUCAAAUAAGAUACCGCCAGAAUGGGACUCAAAAUUGGACUUAUGUACCUCUCGGGGACACUGCAUCGGACAUAAAGUCAUUCAGACUCCAGGACCUUCAGCCAUACCAAGUGUAUGAAACCCAGGUGUCCUGCAAAAAUGCCAAGGAGGGCCAUGGUUACUGGAGCAACUGGAGUAACAUCGUUACCAAGAAAACACCAGAGGACCGACCAACAAGUAAACCAGAUCUAUGGAGAAUCAUUGCAGAGGGUGACGGCAUACAACAAGUGCAGUUUAUUUGUAAGGAUCCUGUGCUUGCCAACGGGAGGAUAAUAAGGUUCAACAUAAAGAUUCAAGACCCAAAGGAUAAAGUCAAGAACGGAAGUUUGGAGUGGAAGAAUAUUACCAGAUCCAGCCAGGGGAAGAUCACUGAUCUCAAACAGAUUGACCUGGCUGACCAGAAAUAUGUCGGAGUGUACGUCACCGCUACUAAUUCUGUGGGAAAUUCUCCUGUGGCAUCGUUAUUCAUCACAGCGAAAGCCCAUGAGUCAGAGCACGCCCCGGUUGAAGAGCUGAAGGUGUUGCCCCACAGGGGCCAACUGUGGCUGGAAUGGAAACCCCCCAACAGUUCAAAGUUGGUGUCAGAGUAUGUGGUGGAGUGGGUGGGCAGUGCUCAGACAGACUGGCAGAAGGAGAUGAGAAAUACCACACGCACUGCCAUUAAAGGCCACCUUGAGAAGUUUGUUUGCUACAACGUAUCGGUGUAUCCAAUAUACCAUGGAUGUAUUGGGAAGCCAGCAAGCAAAAAAGCCUAUCUGGAGCAAGGAGCUCCAGCGUUAGCCCCCGUUGUCAAUUUAAAUGACAAACCAGGACGUAACCAGGCCACGCUGGUGUGGACGGAGAUUCCCCAAGGCAGGCGUCGAGGCUUCAUCACAAACUACACCAUCUUCUACACAAGUGGAUCUGAAGUACACAAUCUAACCGUGCCAGCUAACACCAACUCGUACACUCUGAAGUCGUUGUCAGGCAACACCAAGUAUGACACUUGGAUCAAGGCUUCAACCAUCGGAGGCUCCAUCUCCAGCUUUAAUCACUCAUUCACCACUCUGAAAUAUGCCCCAGGAGAGAUGGAGUUCAUUGUGGUCGGAGUGAGCCUGGGCUUUCUGUUUAUCAUGGUCAUGACCAUGCUGCUCUGUGUCUACAAAAAAGAUGUGAUCAAGGAGAACUUUUGGCCUCAGAUUCCAGACCCUGGAGAGAGCACCAUCGGAAACUGGUUGCCUGAUUAUCCUUUGAAAGCAGAGACACAGGAGAGCGGUCUGUCGGGUAUCAGUGUGCUCGACGUGGACGUGUGCGAUGGGAAGUGUGUGUUCGAGGAGGACAAGGCCAGUCUGCCCCUGAAGAAGGACAAGUAUCUGUCGGAGGAGCACAGCAGCGGCAUAGGCGGCUCCUCCUGCAUGUCCUCGCCACGCCAGAGCGUGUCCGACAGCGACGAGGGCGGCGACAUGGCCGACACCACGGCCAGCACCGUCCAGUACUCCUCGGUGGUGCCGGCCUCCAGCGGCUACAAGGGUCAGACCCCCAACUCCCAGCCCCAGCAGGCGCUUUUCUCCCGGUCCGAGUCCACGCAGCCCCUGCUGGACUCCGAGGAGAACCCAGACAUGUUGCUGCAGGAGGCCAGCAGACAGUCCCCCCCCCGACGGCCCCGCUUCACGGACGGAGGCGACCCCGCCGGCAUUGCAGAGCAGCAGGAGCUGCUGGAGCCUCUGGACUUCUGUCCGCUGGGAGAGGACUCUGAGCAGGACACGCCUGUAGACGGCCAGGCCGCUGACUGGCUGCCGGCAGCGGUGCCGCCGCUCUCCAGCUACAUGCCUCAGCUGGGUGGCUACAGGCCACAGUAACAACACACGUCAUCCACGUCAAUGCUUCUGUGCCUCUUUUGGUUAACGCCUCUGAACAGCCACACAGGUGUUUUCAGUUCUUCUGGCUGAUGUUGAAUGUGGGCCACAGCUUAGAUGGGAACUUAUUAGGUCUAGGGAUGUCCCGAUCCCGAUCACAGGAUCGGGUGGGAGCCGAUUUAGGCAUUUUUUUAACUAAUCGGGGAGCGGCAUUUACCGUGAUUACCAUACUCCGAUCAUGUACAUCAUCAUUGUAGUGAUCGCUGCCUUUAACCACACACGCCCUGCGCCACAAACGCACCGCCAGACGGCCAAUCACCAGUGUCUGUCCAGAGAGAGUCUCGUAGCUCGCCAUCCCUCGGCAACAAGUAAAAUAGUCCGUCUUUCUUAGUCACCUGUUCCUUACAGAAGCAGAUUACUCUAACUCUCCACCCUUCUUCACGCUCUCAGGCUGUUAUUCCCUGGAGCCGACGUCGCUAAACAGGAGAAGAAAAUCAAAGAUUUACUAUUAAGCGCAAGAGGCGUCACUGAGGUUAGUUUUGGUUGUCCAGCGGGGAACUUGAAACGGUUUACUCUUUGGGUGGGGGUUUGCUGGGACCCUAAAGAGUGUUGAGAGAGAAGACUCACCUCCUGCACUAAGUUAAAUCAAUUCAGUUUAGGACAUAUUUUAGUAACUUCUACUUACUACGUCUACUUAGUUAUUUUUGUAAACAAAAACGCUGUGCAGCUCCAUUAUCUGAGCAUCUACAAGUACUGGAUCGGGACUCGGUAUCUGCAGAUAUUCAAUAUUUUAAAAAUGGGAUCGGGGGUCAAAAAAGCUGAUCAGGACAUCCCUAGUUAGGUCACAAAUUCUUUCUACCGAUAGGAAUGAUAAAGGUGUCAUUUGUCCCGCCCUAACAGAUACAACAACACUAACAGGAGGCUCAGGAAGAUGUCAAUGACACACACACACACACAGACACACACACACAGACACACACACAGUCCUGGGAAGAGAAUCCAAUCAGCCACAUUAACUGAAAACACCUGGAUGGGUAUUCAGGGCCUUUAAUGUCAAAUGUUAAUUUCAAGUCUUUGAAGCAGUAAAGAAUAGGGCUGUGCAAUUAAUCCAAAUGUUACUCGCGAUUACAGUUCCGGCUCCUAAUGAUCACAAAUAAACCGAUUAAUUGCAAAUUAAUUGAAUUGUACAUUACCGUUUGCACCAAACUCUUACUCUGUCUUUUGUUUUGAAUGAAAAAGACAAGAAGGAUGAAGGGACAUUUCACAGUCGAAGGUGUUUUCACUGUUGAUUUUUUUUUUUUAAAAGUCUAAUAAUUGCAACAUCUUUCCAAAAGACAACGAGCAAUCGUGUUAAACGCUCGUGAUUUCAAUAUUUACCAAAAUACUUGUAAUUAUGAUUUUUUUCCCACAAUGGAGCAGCCCUACUCUGAUUUAUAACCAAGUAGAAAUAGUUGAGGAGGCUUCGGGAGACUAGUCUGCCAUGGGAAUUAGAGCUUGUAGCUGUAGUUUUGCUAGCUUUGCACUCACAUGGAAAAUAAUUACACAGCCAUAUCUUUGUGGUCAAAUAAUGCCCCAGAACAUACUCGACACAUGUCACAUUUUUGUGUGUGUGGACCAUAGUUUCAAGAGUGAUGGGUGCUACAGCAGGCAGAGAUAGGUCUGACACAGGGAGUCUGUUGCUACGUCUACACCACUACCUUUUCAUUUUCAAACGGCAUUUUAAGACCAUAUCGUUCGCCGUCCACACAAUUCCGGAGUUUGCAAACCAAAACGGGGGCAGCGGUGUUUCCAAAUUUCUCCGUUUUAGGGGCUUGGAUACGCUGCGGUAGUGUGGACGCGAGGCGUGAACGUAGCUAAAUAUAUUUGUUUUUAGGCCAAAAGGUAGCCCUUGAUUGGUGCUUGUGUUUCUGUUGGAGCAGUGUCUUGCUGUAGCGCCCUCUUGUGGAGGGAUUGUACCUCAGCAGGAAUGUUACUGUUUGUUACCCGGGCAUUGUCGUUUAAUGGCAUAGACUUAUGUUUUUUAUUUUAAGUAUAUACACUGCACAUGAAUGUUAUCUAGUUAAAGAAGUUCACACUGACAUGUACAUGGUGAAGGGUAUCUUUAACUGCCUUUUGAAAGUAAAAAUCCAAUGCAUAUCUGAGUAAUAUACCGUUUCUAGCUCACGCAGCAUCAUUUAGUUUAAGCAUCAUCUUGCUGUAUUUGUCUAUCAUUUUAUGUUCAUUUCCAGAAGCGAAGGGCUUCCUGAUGCUGAUGAGAUUUACUCCUCAGGUCAGAGAUCUUCAACAGGGGGGGGCCGGGACCCCUAGGCUGCCAAAUUAUUGUUUGAUAGUAAAAAAAUAUAAAAUAAAAUAUGAAUACAACACAUUCUUAGUAAUGUAUACAACAUUGAUGAUAGGCAUACCAGCCUAUAGCUGAGCUAGCCAUAAGGUAGCCAAACCGUUUUAAGGAUUCACUGUGUCACAUUUUAACUUUAAGACGUGAAGUAUAAAUAUGCCAACAAUUUUUAUUUUAAAAGCUUAGUAUUGUACAAUGAAAAGGUAUGUGUGAAGGCUUUAGGUCGCCCUGCAACUCUUAUUUUAUACAAUAUAUAUGUUGUAGGGGGUCCCUGCUCCGUCUCUUUUUCAGCUGAGGGGUCCUUGGCUUUUUAAAUGUUGCCUUAGGUAUUGAAAUUGGGUAUUGAAUGACGAGGUAUUUUUUCGAUACUUUUAGAGGCAGUUCGGUCGGUGCCUGAGAAGGAUUGAAUUGGGUCCCCAGCCCUACUGUCGACCAACGGCAGCUUGAUGCGCACGGCUUUGAGUAGUUGUUGGGAAAUAGUCUGAUAAUGUGAUCAAUCACUGUGAUUUUUGGGAGUCAGACCUAUGGCCGAAUUGCUCUGACCUGUCUGAAGGACUGCAGAGCUCUGGGCAGAAUCAACAGAAAUUACACCUUAAUGGGAAAAAAAUCUGCUUGCCUGCAAAAUUUUGUCUUCUUUGACCGUUUUAUACUAUAAGAUCUUCAACAUUUCAUAGUACAAAACAUCCAUGGGAUAAAGUAAGUGUCGUGCUAUAUGAAAGAGAAGGACUAUUGCGGACUGGAUGUUGUGUGACUUUUUUUUUUUCAAAGCACGGUUUCUAUGAGAACUAUUGGAAAGGUCAAGCGUUUCCUUACCUGCCGGCAAAGGUUAAAGGUUUCUCGGUGUUGGAACGCUGUAUAUGCUGAUCAUUAUCAAAUAUGAAAUAAAUGUUUUAACUAA